AUGGACGCCCGGACCCAAGCGUCCGAAACCCAGCAUUCUUACCCCCCCAGCCCGUGGACGUCGACAACACCGACGACUCCAAACGGGCUGCCGGCGCACCUCCCAGACGGGUCCCAGGACUCUGCCUCUGCCGCCGCAGCCAACAACGUACCGUUUACUCCCCACCUCGGCUUUCUCCCGUUCGUCUUCCCGCAGUCUCUAUAUCAGGCCCAGCUUCUGCACUACAAUAAGCUCAUCUCCCCGGCAAGAGGAGGUGGCCUACAAUCUGCGCCACUUCCUCCCAUCGUGUCCGUUCCUCACGUCCAGGCCACGCCAAGGUCGCGAUCUUCUAGCAAGGCAUCGCUCAGGGAUAGUGCCACCGCCGCAAAGGGGACCCCAGCUGGAGGCCAUGGGAGCCGCGCACACCAGGGCUCAGACAAGAACCGCCCGGUUAUAACGUCGAAAGAGGUUCCGCCCAAGAUGCCUGCAAAGCUGGCGGCCGACCUGUCCAAGAACUUUCCUCAUCGAGCGAUAGCUAGGUCCUCAUCGCCCCAUGGACUCUCCCACUCUAGUUCCGUGCCCUCGACUCCUCAUCAGCAUGCCCGCCAAUUCUCCUUUGAAUCCCGGGAACCAUCCCCCAAUGCCGGCAACAACCAUUCGCCGCGCUCAGCCUACUCCGAAACCAACAGCGCGCUGCCCUCGCUCAGGCCGCUACCCCCGCGAUUAGGGGGCUGCAAGUACGAGACCGCCCAGGCAAACUCGAGAAGGAGGAUACCAUACUCGGUCGGAAACGAGCGCCUGGAAAAGUUGGAUCUGCGGAAUGUCAAAAGCAAGCUGUCCGAGAGUGAGGAAAAGCAGUUGGCUGCAGAUAUGAAUGAAAUCUAUAACAAGCUGCUGCCUACAGAAAAGGUCGAGGAAGAUAGGAGGAAGCUGGUGAAUAAGCUGGAGACAAUAUUCAACACCGAGUGGCCAGGGCAUGACAUCAAGGUGCACCUGUUUGGAUCGUCUGGUAAUCUUCUAUGUUCGGACGACUCCGACGUUGACAUUUGCAUCACAACAUCAUGGCACGAGAUGGAAGAUGUUUGCAUGAUAGCCGACCUUCUCGCCCGACGGGGCAUGGAAAAGGUUGUUUGCAUCUCUGCAGCCAAGGUUCCCAUUGUGAAGAUUUGGGAUCCUGAGCUCGGCCUUGCCUGUGAUAUGAACGUCAACAAUACCCUGGCGCUCGAGAACACCCGCAUGGUGCGCACAUAUGUCGAGGCUGACCCACGUGUACGAAUGUUGGCGAUGAUCCUGAAGCACUGGACGCGGAGGAGAAUUGUCAACGAUGCCGCCUUUGGAGGUACUCUGAGUUCCUACACUUGGAUAUGUCUUAUAAUAGCGUUUUUGCAGCUACGGAACCCUCCUGUUUUGCCAGCGCUGCAUCAACUGCCACACAAGACUACCAAGCCUGAUGGAACUGUCAGCGAUUUUGCCGAUAACCUCAAGAAAAUCAAGGGAUUUGGCAAUAAGAACAAGUCAACUGAGGCGGAGCUUCUCUUCCAAUUCUUUCGGUUCUAUGCUCACGAAUUCGACUACGACAAGCACGUCCUCUCCGUGCGGCAGGGCAAGCUGAUAACGAAGCCAGAUAAAAAAUGGCAUUAUGCCAUGAACAACCAGCUUUGCGUCGAGGAGCCGUUCAACACGAAUCGCAAUCUUGGCAACACGGCUGACGAAUACUCGUUCCGUGGUCUCCACCUGGAGCUCCGAAGGGCAUUUGAUUUGAUUUCUGCCGCCAAGCUCGAAGAGGCCUGUGAGCAGUACGUUUAUCCAAAGGAGGAGGAGAGGGUCUGGUCUCGGCCGGCCUCGCAGCCACGACCUGUACUGCUGCGUAGCUCUUCGCAGUCCAAUUCCGGACGAGGCGGCCGUGGCGGUCAUCGUGGCGGGCGGCACAGUAACAAUUACCAUCGUAACGGAGGCUCAAAUAGGAGAGCGUCGUCGACUACCCCCAACUAUGACCCCAACAUGUUUGCUCAGCCUGUCAACAUGCCGCAAGAUAUGUGGUUUGCCGCCGGCAACCAGUACCCGUUUCCGUUUGCUCAGCAGGACUUGAUGCAGAUGGCGGCCUAUCAAGAUGCCAUGCGCCAGCAGCUGCAGCACCUUUACGCUCAGCAGACGCCUGCAUUCAUGGCUCACCAAACCAUGGGCCAGCAGAGGAUGUCUCCCAAUACCGGGUCAUCUAACCAGCAGACAACCACUGAUCGGUCUCGAACAAACUCGUUUGACACCGCGCCCAUCAAUUCCACGUUGCGACCUGAAUUGUAUACCCUCUACGGCAUGGGCAUAAAUCAACAGUUCUACACACAGACGGCCACGGGCUAUGGAACUUAUCCCUCUUCGCCGGUGACGUCUAACGGCUUGGGGCAAGAGUUCCGCCGCCCUUUGCAGAGAUCCACCGUUGCGUCGGAUAAUGGUAUCUCGGCUUCAUCUAGCUCGUUGAGGUCGCAGUCGCAGCCACCUUCGCGAUCUCCAUCCUCAGCACAUAGCCGGGCGGCUUACACCCCUGGAACCGGCCCCUCGAGCGCGCCGGGUUACGCUCCGAGACAUAUGCACGGCGUGCCUAUUCCCAGCUUCGUCUCCGACGACACCGAUCUUGACGAUCGAUCCAAGGCCGCGUCUGUCUCGCCACAGUCCGAUGAGGGUAGAUCGAACGGGCUCCUGGGAACACGGGGCUCGAGUCUUGGCCAACCAUCGCUCCCCCAAAGUCACAGCCCCACUGCAAACGGUCUUGCCGUUGGUGAUGUCGUAAAUCAGUCAUCCAGCCCCAGGCGGCGUCGGCUGUCUACAGAUCAGCUGCCCCAAACUAUCCUGGACAGGAGGAUGAGGAGAACAUCGCGGUCACCCUCGCCGCUCGACCAUACUCGAGCUAUCGCAACGGGGACGAUUGCUUCGUCGCCCCUUGCCUCGGCUCCGUUCCCGGGAGUUGGCCAGGCUCAGAACAAGAACUUGGCGAGACCCGUGGUCGUAAAUGGGUCCGGGCUCAAGACUAGCAUGAUUGCCGCGUCAAACCAGGCGCAAAAAGAGUCUCUGGCACCUGAGGAAAGCGCCAUGGCAAAGAUUGAUAACGCUCUGCACAUCAAUUCGACGCCGUCAACGAAUGGCACUAAUGCUGCGGACGCGCCGAGCAACCAGUCGAUCCCAUCGCUUGCGCCGGCCCCCUCUUUGCCUGCGGCUGGGACAGAUCGUCCUCCUGUUAUUGUCAACGGCUCCAAUGCCAAGCUGGCUAUUCCCUCUACUGAAGAUGCGUCGUUCAGGGAUCGAGUGGCAAUGAUGAAUUCGUAUCAGGCAAGCUCGUUUGGGAUGUCGCAGGAUAUUUUGCAAGCCAACGAAAUGGCACAGCUACCGCCAUCGGCGAAACAACGUCUCAUGUCCAGGCAGGCCCAGAAUGGCGUUAUUGCCCCGCUGGACCUUGCCAUAGCUGACCACCGUAAGCCUUUGGGCGUUGAGAUGGCCCAUCUAUCGCCGGUCUACGAAGCGCAGACGUCGUCUCCGACUGCCUUGCGCAAGCCAGAUGUUCCCGCACCCGUCACUGGCAAGGCUGCUCGUGAAAAGGCAGAUGCCAAAACAACGCGUGAGGAGACGAACAAGCCCGUGUCCAAGGCGGAAGACAAGCUUCAGCCGGCCCAGGAGGCUCCGAAGCAGUCUAAGGCGCAGAAGUCGACUGGCCAGAACCAGCGCAACAAUAUGCCACGGGAGAAUGGCGGCCAUGUGCGGAGUGCCAAGAGCGAGAGUGAUAGCAGCUGGCAAAGAGCUGGUGGUAAGGGGAAGAAGAAGGGAUCGAGUGGACUUGCACCAAACUCACACCCGGAGCAGUUGCCAAAGAGCGACUCGGAGCGAAAGGGAGGAUGA